ACACACAGGGACCACAGUUUCCCACUGGUCCACUACCAUCAAUAUGACGGACACUGAUCCUGACAACAUGGGGGCGCCACCUACACCAGACGACACUGAAGACGAUAUUAUCUACGAACUUCCGGUUGACCGAGGAUGGGCUUGGGUCGUCCUAGUAGCCUCUACACUUAUCACCACGCUGUACGCCGGACUUUUUAAAAGUUUCGGGAUAUUCUACGUGGAAAUCCUGGAGGUUUAUGACGGAAAUGUGUCCACUACGUCUUUGAUAUCCUCACUACAAUUUGCAGUCUAUUGUGUCACAACUGUUCCUAUCAUGACGUCACUGCUGCGUCAUUGCAGUAUCAGGACAUGCCAGAUAGCAGGUAUCCUGGUUACGGUUGCGGGAUUCGGUCUGAGCUCUCUGGUCCACAGCUUGGAACUUCUUAUCCUCACACAGAGCAUUCUCAGUGGAUUAGGAAUGGCGCUAGUGUACCCAACAGCCAUCGUCUUGGUCGGUAAAUAUUUUCAGGGACGUAUUGGGUUAGCUAAUGGCGUCCUGAUGUCAGGGUAUGCUCUUGGGGGCGUCGCGUUACCGCCCCUUGUACGAUAUAUUCUAGAUGAGUACAGACUGGAGGGGGCUUUGCUACUGACAGCAGGGAUCAUACUGAACUGUCUCCCGCCAGCCUGCUUACUACGAUCGAUGGAUUUUUAUAAAAAGACACAAGCGACAACAAACAGACGACCGAAGGAAGGGAGUUUUGUUGUGAAUGAAUUUAAGCAAUCUACACAAGAAAGCACUACAAUACCACCAAACAUUUGUGUAAAAUCAGAUACAAUUAAUGGCAUUUCUACAGCAUUUAAUGACUCUCACCCGACGUAUCAAUCGUUGGCCCUGCUUUCAGGAUAUAAUCAAGAUGCAACCAACGCAAGUGCUUCGGCUCCUAAUCUCUCUUCGCCUAAAUUCAUACCAAAUCGUGUAUCAACAAAAGAGAAAAAUAACAGUGAGAGCCAUAUUGAAACAUUAGCAGUACAGUGUAAUACUGUGUAUUCAGGGCGUAUUAAUAAAUACUUCAGUAUAGGAGAAUUUACAAAUCUAUCGCAAGAGAUAGUAAGGAAUGCACCGAAAGAUAAUGAUUCGUCAAAAUCUUCUUCCUUGUCGUGUUGGAUGAAACGUUUGUUUAACGAAUGUAAAUCCUGGCAAAUGUUCAGCCCGAAAUUGUGGAAAAAUAAACAGUUUCUGAUACUUAUUCCAAUAUAUUGUUUAUCAAGUGUUGGACCAGAAACGUCUCAUCUCUUUACACCUUCUUUCGCGAAGGACAGGGGAGUGUCAAACUCUAAGAUAGCAAUUCUUGUCUCCAUUCAGUGUAUGUGUGAUUUCGUCGGUCGUGUCUUCAAUGGCUAUAUAGCAGAUCUCCCAUGGAUUAGACGACAGCAAAUCGUAAUGGUUACCCAGAUGAUAGCCGGUAUAAUAAUGCAGAUGACCCCAUUGUUUAAAACCUAUUGGUCACUUGCCCUUUUCUCAACUGGCUAUGGACUUACCGCGGGUAUCAUAUUUGUAUUGUUUCCACCAAUUCUAUCAACUGCCAUUGGUCGAGACAUGUUUCCUGCUGGUAUGGCCGUCAUGAUAUUAAUAAAAGGAUCUUUCGUUUCUGGAAUAAUUCCAAUAUUAGGUUAUCUCCGAGACUGUACCAGCGAAUACCACGCCACAUUCCACUUCAUGGGUGCAACGUCAUUAGCAUCGGCCAUCUUAUUAAUACUGUUUGAUAAGGCUUACGUUAAAAAAGAAACAACUUCUACUGCCAUUUAAUGAACACAAGAUUUUAUAUUCUGAUUGCUUUAAGCUCACGUGGUCCAAAGGACCACUAUGCUUAUGUCAUGACACGAUGUCCGUCCUCCAUACUCAUCCAAUAUCCUUGUGGAAUGCAUCAGCGAUUCCUUUGGUUUACUGGCAGCUAUAUUCGCCGCCAAUUAAAAAAACUUGUCAUACCUACAUUAAAUCAUCAUUGCACCUUGUUAAAAAUGUAACACAUGUACCCGAGAAGCAUUACUCUUCUAUCGCAAAAUGUGAAACUAUUUUGACAAUGUGUUUAUAUGUCCUAAAUAGCAUUUGUUUAUCAUGAAGCUACCUCAUUUUUUACUCAAUUGGUUACAACGAUAUUAUAACUAAUGGUGGAAUUUUACCUUUGCCUAGAGGAGUUUUAUCAGAAAAAUACUAUAUAUAAUAAUUGUUCAUGUACUUGGAUCUUGAUUAAUUUUGGUUUAUAUCAUCAUUUGGUAAAUAGGAAUAAUAUAUUUUGUAUAUAAUCAGAGGAGGUUUGAUCUCCCUUGGUUCGAGAGAUAUUGACGCAAAAACGUGCUGUCAUUCCAAAAAUACAUACAUAAAUAAAUAUACACCACCAAAGUAUAAUUCAUUAAUCGCCCGCGUUCUGUGAAAAUAAAUAUUUGAUGUUAAAUUUGAUUUUUAAUUGCGUUUAUCGGGGAGCGACUUUGAAUGUGAGAAUGCAAAAUAAAUUAAAGGUAGAUCCCGAGACGGUAAUAAAUACUUACCAUGUAUAACCAUGAUUGCCGCAAUACCCAGGUGGUGGAUACAGGCCCUUUGAGCACAUUGAAUGAGAUUGAUCAAGAGUAAUGACAACAAUUAUGUUAUUCAUGUUUGAUGCGUGCUAGACUGUUGUGUAACGGUGACGUAUAUGUAGCUGAUUCAUUAGGAAAGGGAGAUAACACCUACCGUAAUUACGUGUAUCUGUACGGUUUAAUCAGGUUUAUUGUGUGAAAACUACAAAUUAUUUUACAACUGGACAUAAAGUGAAAUUCUAUAACAUGAAAAAUGUGAUUCAAAAUCAUGUUAUUGUCAGAAUGUGUUCAUGCGAUAGAAUUUAUAAACCAUGGAAGAAAAUUGGCUUAAUGAACACUUGAGUUUCUGGUAGACAUGUACUUCCUAGCAAUUGGAAUAAUUUGCGGUAACUUAUGAAAUCUUCCUUAGAGGAAAGUACAGUAUCCAAAGGCUGCAGUAAAUUCGGGGUAAAUGCAAUAAAAUUGUUUAACAAUUUCCCAUGAUAGAACUGUUUGUAUGUAUAUGAACACGACAGAUGUAUAACAGGGCAUGGUGUCCAGUAUAAAAUGUUUUUUUACAAUUUCUUAUUGGAUAUGUAUGUAUUAAUUGUGCGAGGCAUCUUGUUGCUUGUAAGACAUAAUGUUAUCUUUUAUAUUGUUAUAAUUAUAUAUAUGUGUGUAUGUGUGUGUAUGCGUGUGUAAUCUCAAUUAAGCAUUUGAUAAGAGCAGGGUAUGGCCAUAACUAAGUACUAUUCAUAGUGUCUUGAUUUGAAAUAGAUAGUUUAUCUUUGUAUCAAAACAUGGGGUUUUCUCUACAUUAAUUAUUUCAGUGUUAUUGUUUUUACUUCUACUCUCGAGUACGGCUAUUGUAAUGAACUGAAUAAAGUAUAUAAGUGAACAUG